UAAUAUUUGAAAUCGUGUAAACGUGACAGUUAAUGAAAAGUUGAAUUUCUGUUAUUAUAUUAAUUUAAUAAUAUGUCUAACAUAAACGAUGACCCACGAGAAGUUCUUGCUACACUUAAUUCAUUGGGAUUUAUUGGUAUUACUGCACCACAACUUAAAGCUUUUAUGAAAGAUUUGAAGAUAUACAAGAAGAUAAAGGAAUAUGAAAAAGAACAGCAUAAAGAAGAAAUAAGAAAGAAAAUAUUAAAAAAACAGCAACAAAUGAUUCAUGAAAUUCUUAGCGAACAAUCCAAAGAAUUAAACGAUGUAACUAACAAUAAUUCAACAUCUUCCAAUUUUGAAAACGAAUCUUUGGUCAAAAUAAAAAUCAAAUGUAUUCCAAAAGAUAAAGAAAAUCAACCAGAAAAAUAUUUGAAAGAAGAAAUUGUUACGCCAGUUAGAGGGCAAUCAAAUUCGGUUAAAAGUAAACAUAGAUAUAUUAGGUAUAAAGAAAACCUUAUUGAGGACUCUCGAUCAAAUAAAAAUGACUAUAAUUCCAUAAAUUAUAAAUCUCAGUCGAGUGUUCAACAACAAUCCAAAAAUGAUACUCAAUCUUCCGUCACUUCUUGUUCCAUACAGAAUGUUUACAAUACAAACUAUGAUAGUAAUAAAUAUAAUACAAUUUCUCAAGAACAAGCAGUACAUUCCAAGCCAAUAUUGCCAGAUUGCAACAAACUGAUUAGUGCACCAAAUAUUAUAGAGAAUAAUUAUAAAUCAAGAUCCAAAAGUAUAUCCUCCAAUCAUUCUGUCACCGUCCGAUCGCAAAGUCUUCCACGUACUAAAAGUUCAAGUUGUUCAAUGCCCAAAUCAUUUAUUAGACCAUGGCGAUUACAUCCAGAUGUUCAAAAAAGUACAAAUAAGAAAUGCGAUCCAGUUGCUCUUUAUCAAAAAUAUCAGGAAGAGUGGAAGCAGAUAGCAUUUCCUGGAGAAGCGAAACACACGACUGUAAGAUGGGCUGUACGUGAAAGAAUGCUUGGUGUUGAUCCUCACCCUCCACCUUUGCCAAGGAAAUCUGCGAGCGUACCUAUAUUGAGGAAAAAAUGACCUUGGAUGUUAUGAUAUAGAUAGUGCAUAUAUAUGAAAAAUAUUUAAGUUUACCUGAUAUAAUUGUUAUUAUAUUAUAGUUUUAUAUGGAGAUAUUUUUAACGGAUUAUGGGACAUUUUUAUUGUAUUAGCCGCAUGUUGAAAUGCUUAAAAGCUGAGCAUACACCAUUGUUGUUUAAAAAAUGAACUUUAAAUAUCCUAUAAUUAUUAUUUUAUUUUACUUCCAAAGUUUUUGAAUUGUGCAUUUAAAAUGAACAAAAGAUUAUCCUUAGACUAUAAAAACAUUAAU